AUGAGCCACCGUCAUCUAAGAGAUAUUAGCAAUAUUUACACUACAUCAAAAAUUUCUGAGAGAGAAUUACUUGAGAAGAAACUCAACACUUCCAACUCUGACAAAGAAAUCCAAAUAAAGAAGAGGACCAAGAAGAUGCAGUACAAAAUGAAGAAGGAGGCUCAGCAUAAUAAACGGAAAGGGGACUCAGAAUUUAUGAAGAGAGAUAGCAAAAGAAAUGCUAAAAAUGUCCCAGAGUCUCCUCAAGAACCCCCAAAAUUUACUGCUGAAGAGAAGGAAAUUAUCGAAAUGAGCUCUGAGAAAUACGAUCUUGACCCUGUGUACCAAAGUGCUGAGAUUUAUGAAUUCUAUGUCCAGAGUAUCUACAAUACUGGAGAGUCAGAGUCGAUUAAGCUCUCUGAGAACAUUCCUCCUUCUUCAAAACCAAGGGGUAAGAAGGACUCAAAAGUUUGUUCAAGAAAUGCUCAGAUUCGGAAGAUCUCUAAAAAAGUUAAUGAAAUUAUCACCUUCCAAAAAAGUGAGAGAAAGGUGAUAGAAGGACCUAUUUAUAUUAAAGAGAAUGCUGAGCUUCCCUACGUCAAUGAUGAACCGUACAGUUUAGAUAUUUUACUGAAAAGACUUGACAAUUACUCAAAAGCAGCAGGUUUUGAAAUAUGUGAGGCGCCUCAUUACCCUAAUUACAUUAAGUUUAUUUGUAAACGAGGAGAGGAAUAUAAAGCUAAACAGAGGGAACAUCUCUCAUUGGGCUAUAUAUUGAGCCUGACAGGGUGUCCCUUCACCAUAACUUGUCGCAAACAGACAGAUGGGACUUUGAAGAUUUCUAAAGUGAAGAACAAGCAUAACCAUUCUGUCUGAAAUAGGCCUUACAAAGAUGAGAAAAGGAUACUGACUAAAGUGAAGGAGAAAUUGUCAAUGAUGGCCUCAACUCUUGGGAAUUUUCUACAUCCUAAGCUGAUCCCAAUUGCGAUGAAAUAUUAUACCUUUCUUGGGUAUGAGAUUGGUAAUAUUUGUGCAAAACUAUCAAACCAGUUUCCUGAUAUUGCUUUUACACUAGAUCAAGUUCAGAAUUUAUUCAAAUUGCCAAAGUUUCAUAAAUGAACAGUCAGGAAAUCAGAGUUGAUAGAAGACCUAUGCCGUGGACUAGCUAAAAACAGUGAGAAGUAUCCAAAUAUCAGCUUUAAAGCAAUGAAGAAUAAACGAGUUGCAGGAAUAGCUCUUGUAAACCCUUCCCUUAGGUCGCGGCUAUCUCACUCAAUUGCUAUAAAUACAGAGAAUUUACCAGAAUUCACAAAUUCUUGGUUCAUUUUCCUGAUCCUGGCAAAGGAUGAGUUCGGGAAAAUAGUGCCAACAUUUUUAGGAAUCAGCUUAUCCGCCAAUAGUGACCGAAUAAAGACAUUGCUCUCUAUGUACCUUGAAAUGGGAUUUGAAGAGCCAACAAAAGUGCUCAGUGAUUUGAAUAAGAAUGUGACUUCUGCAGUGAGACAAGUAUUUGAUCUAGACUUAGAGCUGGGGGACCCCGGCCACCAAGUCUGUCUAGAUCAUGUACUAGCAACUACUAGCAGGAGGCUAGUUGGUCUUCUAGGAUCUGACAUUACUCAAACUGUCAUCAAGAAGCUAAAACUAGCCUUUUCAGGGGAACUAGACCAAUUUUAUGAUAUCCUAAAUGGUAUCUACAACGUAUUGGAAGAAGGGCAAGGCAAAGAAAUUAUUGAGGAGAUUUAUCACGAAAGAGAAGAAAUUUUAAAGGUUUAUAGAGUCCUAAAAGGAUGGCUCUGGCAAGGAGGUGAUACAGAUGACCCUAUCUGAGGAUAUUUAGGAGGCAUUGAGAGUGUAUAUGAAGAUAGAAAUAUUUGUCGAGCAUUUGAGAGAAGUUUGUACAUAGCUGAGAAGAACUUGUAUGGAUUCAUGGAGUUUUUAUUUUUCCAAAGUGAGAGGUAUAGAAAAUGAUACCAAAGGAGCACAAAAGAACUAGAAGACAAAAAUUUGCCCUUCUCCUCUUACAUUGCAUCUAAACUCCCAUCUCCCUCCCCAUCCCCUCCAAAAAUCGAAAAAAUUAGCCCUAACACUUACCUCCACUACAUCCCAAACCAGACCCAAAACUACACUUCCCUUCCUCAUAUCCUCACUCUUACCCAUCUUUCCACCACAAUCACCGUCCAAAAAUCCUCUCUCUACCUCUCCGCUUCCCAAGCACCCCUCCCUCUUAACCCAGGAUCCCUACCUCGUGAUCCUCUCAUCGCCCAAAUCCACUCAUCACCCAAUGUCCAAAGCUCUCUUAUCCGAACUCUGAAGUACUCCAACGGAACUUUAACCUGUUCUUGCCCAGGCCCAGCCCAGACUGGACUGGCCUGCACGCACAUUAUAGACCUGCUGAACCACUUUGGAGAGACAGUAGAAGAGAACACUUUUGUGAUAGCAGAUUGGCUCGUGAGGGAAAGAAGGAUUUCAGAGAGAAUGAAGCUGAGAUUUUUCGAUGCUGAUGAUAGCGAUAGUUCUGAAGAUGAAAAAGAGGUUUUUAGGGUAGUGUGAGUAGGGAGAAGGUCUGGAAAGGCAAGGAGAAGGGGAUAAAUGAGAGAUUUUGGGGACUUG